AUGCAGCUUAUCCUUGCAAUCAGCGACCAGCAGCUUGUCACUGGGCUCGCUAUGCUCAUCGGGGCAUUUAGCCAGCUCAACUGCGGCAUAUCAUUCUACCACUGGCAGGUGGCAACUACUUUGGCUUGGUUCGCCUCGAUCACCCAUCUCGCAACUCUCCCAUUCCUUCAAGAGUUCCUCCAAAGGCGCAAGUUCCUCCUCUGCUUGAGGGUGAUGCUGAUGUCAGGGGUCGCUAUUAUGCUGUCGAUAGCCCUGCUCCGAAGCGGCAAUCCGGAGAUUCCGGCCAUGUGUGGAACUGUGGCCAAUGGAUCUGUCGCAGUCAGUAUCUGGAUGUCUCAGAACGGCGUGUACACGAUCUUAUCGGAAGUCAUACUUCUUGGAACCCUCGUCACUCGGCUUCUGCGAAUGUUUUCACAUACCAGCCAUGCCGGUAUGAGACUUAUGGGAUUUGUGCGUGCAAAGUGGCAGGCCUCCAUAAUUGGGCUUUGUAAAAGGCUCCAAGCACGCAGCGGAUUGGCUGCUGCGGUCACUCUUUGGGUACCUGUAUUGAGUCUAUCAGUCCUGGUCUCGGUUCAGACUCUGCUUGACUUCAUGCGCUCCCGCACAUGGGAGGUACUAUGGCUACUGUUUUCCCUCGUAUGGGGUACCCUGCGACUAUUUACUGUCCGUUACAGCAUGCAGAGAAGCCGGGAUAUGUUGGAGGAGAGUUAUUGGGGCUUCGGCCAGGUUAUCCCAGUAUUGCUUCUUCUUGUACCAGGCUUGGUGGUUGUGGAAAGCCUCUCCGGCUUCAAAUACCCCAACCCGAUACGAAAAUCUGCAACUCUUAGACCUGAGAGACGGCCAACAAGCACGGUCAACGCCCAGUCUCCAAAAUGA